UUCGUUGCCGGUGCGCGGAUCCGAGCGAAGCGUUAGCUAUCGGAAUUAUCGAUGUCUGGCGAACGAGCGAGGAAUUAUCGACGCGUUACGCAACCGGGCAUUCCUGCCCAGGUGCAGGACACCACGACGCGUCUCCGUGGGUGAGAGCGCGGAGGAGGCCGGCGCGAUGCCCCUGCGGAGAGACAGGGCACACGUGUGUACACACGCCCGCGAUCGCUGGAAGGGGUUUAUCAGCAUUCGGCGUUGCUUAGCUGGCGACUGCUUCGCCUCGCCUCGCCUCGCCUCGCCUCACUCGCUGCGGUUUCGCUUAGUUCUCGUUUAACUAGCAUCGGUCGUGCCGCACCUGUCGCACGAAGAUCGCCGGACCGUCCACUCGCAAUCGGGAGAACUUGACGCACGGAGAAUCGGUCCGGGAAUCGCACCGUCGAUGAUCCCCCAUUCAUCUUCUCCUUUCUGUCGUUUCCUUUCCUCCCUCUUUUACUGGUAUCCCCAUCGCGAUUCCGCUCAUCAGCACUGUCGCGUUGAUUGGCGAUUGCUAGCGCUGGAUCCUCCCGCGGAUCUCGCAAGUUGCCCUCGAUCUUUCUCGCGCGUCGGAGGAGCCCGAUCCGAGAUCCACCUGCUCCGUGGAAUCCACAAUGUCGUCACUGCUCCGUAGAUACGCAAGGAGAUCGUGAUAACGCGCUGAUAUCUUGAUAUCUUGAGAAAACGCCGACGUCUCACGUAGACGACGUCGCGAGCGAGGUAUGACAAGACCGGCGUUCUCGAAUUCGGCUGGUUGAUUCAUUCACGAUGGGACUCGACGACUUGACGCUACAUUUUUACAUUGCAUGCGGUAUCACCGUCGGCGCGCUUAUCGUACUUUUCAUUUUGGUGAUCGUGCUAUUCGUGAAAGUAAAUCGAUUAGCCGAGGACGGGUCGAACCAACUAAACAGGCAGUCGAGUAUGAUGGCGGACUUUUGUUACACCAAUCCCACGAUCGUGCCUGGCGAACUGCUCUCUCGUCGUGGCUUCUCCAUGUACAGCGGGGCCGACAACUUCGACGAGGAUUUCGGCAAGAACAAAAUCCCUUACGGAACUUAUCAUGAGGCACGGUCGAAAUUCUGACCGAAAAUUCGAAUCUGAGAUGAUCGAUCUCGUAGCGCAGUUUACCUGAGCCAAUUAAUCAAUCGUUAAGUCAAGUAGACAAUGUAAGAUAUUGAGUUUAAUUUAUUAGCUAGAAAGUCCAUUAUUAUUAAUAGUAUUGUUUACUCCUUGAUGUAUAAUAUUUCUCUGUGUAGCGUAUUGCGCAAUGUAUACGAUGCAGCGUCCAAGAUUAGUUUUUCUUAUUGACUUCAUGCAGAUAUUACAUGUAUAUGUCGCCCGAGUAUCGAAUAUUUUCACAGCCUUUCGCUGCGGCGUGAAAUAACGUUUAAAAUCUCACAGAGUUCGAUCGAUGUGUAAUGUUUGAUUAAACAUUGAGAAAAAUCAAAGUGCCACUUUAUCAGAGACAAUUUUCAAUUGCGUUAACUUCGAUUUCUGUGUAACGCCGUCAAGUAUCAUUGAAAUUAUUGAAAUGAAGAUUAGUAGACAUUUCGAAGAACAAUAUAGAAACGGCGAGGUGACUCGAGAAUUAGAUCAUUUGUUUUUCAUAUACAUAUUACGAGGGCCAUCCGAAGAGGCUUCGGAAUAAAGUACAAAUGGUAUUCGCGCGACGAAUGUUAAAUGGGAAGUUCCAACCUUUCGAUGAACACUUGUAAAAUUGAGCAAACUCGUUCCACAAAAUAGUGCAGUUUUUUUAGGUCUUUGAACAAGCAUAUCCGCCUUAAAAAAAACUCUACAGCGCAUACUGAGCCAAGUAUUUUGUGAAGAAGGGCUUAUCGGCAAAAGAUAUACUGAUAUGCAAAAUAAACUCUUAAAUAGGUCCUUUCUCGCGAGAUUUCAUCACGUAGAUGUGCUCGUUCAAAGAUCUAUACAAAAAUGAACUAUUUUCUGGGACGAGUUGGAACUUUACGUGUUGUUCAUAGAAAGAUUGGAGUUUUCCAUUUAAUGAUGUAUGAUGUCUUGCGCGAGUGCCACUUGUAUGUACUUCAUCCUGAGAACUUUUUAAACGGCCCUUGUAUUAUUAAGGCUGCGUUUUCAUCGCUGUCUGUUUUAUCGGCCACUCCAUUCGCCUAUAAUGCUGAGAGCUCGCCCGGGAACGUUCAGAUGUCUCCGCGCGCGUUUCACGCCGCAGAGAAAAUAUACACGGUGCUCCGAAGUAAUCGCAUUUCUUUCUGCAAGACUGGGAAAAAUUCGAGAUGCAUAACCCCUUAUGCAUUUAAAACGCGCGAUAUUUUUCAACAACAAACGGGAGGGCGGUAAUGCUAGGCUUUGUGAAAUAUACUAGUCGAUUCAAUACUUUUUCAUAGAUCCCAUAAUUAUCUGUGAGAAUACAGUCGAUGUAUACAUAGACCAUGAUGCAAUUGAAAUAAUAUACAAUACCAAAGAUGCGAUGAUGUGACCAUGCCAAAUUAAUAAAUACAUCACGUAAACUGGAAAAUAAUUAAUUGCCUGUGAGACGUAAAUAAAAUUAGCACUUUAGCCUAGGAUUUGAGUUAGUGUUCAUAGUAACUGAGAAUAUUUAGCUUAACACUUACAUCUGAUAUUUAUUUAAAGCAUAAUAGUAGAUCAAGUAAAUAUAAAACUAGCGCUCCUGAGUAAAUUAAGCUUAACGAAGUCUGAACCAAUUAAAUUAUUAAUUUAAUUAAAAUCCUGAACAGAAACAGAUGUUUUAUCUACGAAACGGUUACAUGUACACGCUAGUACGUAAUGUAAUCAUAAUUGAUUAUUUUCCAGUAUACCUGUCGAACACACACUUCCGUGUUGUGUAUCAUUUAUUAGGGUGUAUAUUAAUUUCAAUAUAUAUUUUUGCCAUACUGUAUGAUUAAAA